AUGGCGACGCUGUUGCCGAGCCCGCCGUCAAGCGAUGACCUCUCGGCCGUGUUUUUCGGACAGGCUGCCUGGACUACCACCACGACGCUGCCUGGACUGUGCCGGAGCAGCCAGCGGACGUCGUUCCAGCCGUGCUCGCCGGAGACUCCCGACGACUCCUCGAGCAGGGACUCGGACCUGGGCCCCUUGACGGCGGCCAAGGACGGCUCCCCGUCGUCUGCCGUCACAUCGUCCACGUCGGCGGCAUCUCCGGGGGCCGACGCGGCGUCGCCCAAGUCGGCCUACAAGCACGUGCCGCACCGCGAGAAGCCGCCCCACCUGGUGGCCCGGAGGAACGCCCGGGAGCGCCGCAGGGUCCAGGCCGUCAACAACGCCUUCUCCAGGCUCCGCAAGUGCGUGCCUAUCGAGAACAGGGCCAAGAGGCUGUCGAAGGUGAAGACGCUGCACAAGGCCAUCGAGUACAUCCACGCCCUCCAGGAGCUGUUGGACGACGCCGACAAGUCGGUGUCCUCGUCGGCCCCGGACGUGGUCACUGAGGCCUACCAGGAGCCCGCCUUGAUGCAGAGCAACAAGGAGAACGAAGCUAGUCAGCGCUGGAUCACCCUAGAGAACGCCACAUGUGCAUCCGAAAGCUACCCGAGUUACCUCAACUUCUACGAAGAGUACCCUUCGACGUUCGCCAGCUGAUGAGGACGCCCCAAACGAAAUCACCGUCCGAGCAAGCUGGCCUGCGAACGAGAGCGGCGGAACACCGACAUCGCGGCGUUCACUUCCCGGAUCCAGUAUUAUAUACCGACGGAAGCCAGCCACAGUGCCCAAGUUCCUGGCGUCUAACCACGGCCCAAAGCUUCGUUAGGCCUACCGCCGUCGCCCUUCCUCGUGUGCUGGGUGUGAACUGCCGAGUCGUUCUUGUUGUGUGUAAAUACUGACUUGGUUAAAGGCCCAUUCGGCCGGUAUCAGUGAGUUUUCUCACACAGUGCGAUCCAUUACUCGUCUUCAUGUGUAGGUCGUUUCACAUGGACUGAUUCCGCUUACGAAGAUGCGUGCGACGCUGGAGGCAUCAUCAUGAAGGCCCGUUUACACUCUUCUAAUGCUUACGACCGAGUUCUUGUGAUCUCUUACGACGACAGACGCUGGCGCCAUCUAUGAAGUGAUCCUGGAACUGCAUUUCACUAAAGCGAAGGCUUGGCAGUAUAUUUGAGAGGUCGAAUGUACGUAUUAUAUAUGAGAAAUUGUCGUUUAUAAAAUUACCAAGAGUUUUUUUCGAGCCAAGAAAGAAAGAAAUAGACGAACAUUUUAAGUGUUCCUUUUCUACCCGAUAGAUGGCGCCAGUCGACUCGUUCGUCCGCUCUCGUUGCAAGAGACCCCAAGAGGCUUUAAGGCACUCGUUCGCCACUGUGCGAACCAGUUUUUAAGUGCUAGAGGCAUGCACGACAAGACGCCCGACAGGUCGUACGACGCGUUGACAAAAUGGCCGAUUGGUGUCACGUGUCUUCGCGUGACGCCAUGAUUCACUGCCGCCUAACGGUCAAAUGAGCCGCAAUAUCGUGAGCCACACCAUUCCUACCUGUACUGUGACUAUUCAGCGGCUCUGCAUGAAGCCAAUAAUGCCUCAACAGUUCGAACAUAUCUGCGGAAAACCUUUGAUUGGGGGAGAGUUCAUGCAAACAAAAUUUCAAACGGGCAGAAGUGACUCCGAUAGCGUUGCGCAUGACUUGUGCGGUGAUUCUCGGCUCGUUUUUCUUCGAAGCUGUGUAGGUUUAUCGUCGUAUUUGAGAGUGAAAGCUUUUCCACCGAACCAGCACGCUCUCUUCGCUCCGUGACGUCACGCUGGCAUGGUGGCGUUGUCGUCGCAGCAUAGCCUUGUACAGUGCUCGUCAGCCGAGCAUCCCUUCGAGUAACGCCGUUGCAACGUCUAUUCAGUCCAAGUCCGGCAACUUUUUAUGCUUGAUGAGACACGUUGUUCUCUAGCUGACACUGGCCGCGGUCGAUCGUCGGGAGAUGGCGCUGCAUUACUAGUCCUGCGUCACACUUCGGGCAUUCAGUCUUUCGCGUUGAAGGCUAUACCGCGCAGGGUUUAUGCCACACGUAUCUCAUCAUAUACCGGUAUAUUUCUGUUCGUCUGUUUCUGUCGUGCAAAGUAUAAAGGAAACACGACCGUCCCGUAUUCGAGCCAACUGUGAAUUCUCGUAGCGAAAGUGCCCUGAAAACGACAGUUCGAAAAGCGGGCAAAUAUUUCUCAUUACGUCGAAGGAGAGGAAGGAUGAGCCCUCAGGAAAUGGACAAAGUAGGAACAGCGUUGGAGACGUUGCGAAUCUGCCGAGAUGCAAAUUCAACCAGAUCCGCGUUUUUCGAACUUGAAAGCAAAGUCCGACUGAGGUUCGA